AUGGUGGAGUUAGAACCCAGAAAGCAGUUAGAGCAGUACAUUGGCACUGAAGCAGCAGCAUCACCUGCAGCAGCAAUGAUGGUGAAAGCCAUUCGAGUCCAUGAACUUGGUGGUCCUGAGGUCGAACCUGGACAGAUGGUCCUUGUUCACGCUGCCGGUGGAGUUGGAUUCCAUUUAUGCCAGUGGACUAAUGCCAUUGGUGCCACUGUCAUAGGAACCGUAUCAACUCAAGAGAAGCCAGCUCAAGCCAAGGAGGAUGGAUGCCACCAUGUCAUAAUCUAUGAGGAAGAGGACUUUGUCGCUCGUGUGAAAGAAAUAACUUUCAACAAUGGCGUUGAUGUUGUCUAUGAUGGCGUAGGGAAGGUUACGUUUGAGGGAUCGCUGGCAGCUUUGAAGACUCGUGGGCACAUGGUGAGUUUGGGCAGUCAUCAUGUGAGCCAAAUCCGGUUCCCUUACAAGUGA